UACGACGCAAAGUCAUUUCAAAUGCUUUCCUCAUAAUAACAAAGCCAUUAUUCCGAAGCAUGAGAUUAGAAUGAUGGAGAAGUUGCGUGGUCAGCGUGUUUGGGCUAUAUUUAUGGUCAGUUAUGAUGCACUGUUAUGUCCACUGCCCUCCGCAGGAAUUGUUUUUGGGCAAACACGAACUGUUUGGCUAUGAAACACGGCGCGCUUCAGGCGCUCAGGAAAUAUAAACAUUUAGAUAGGAGGUGAGUCACUCUGUCCCUACACUCCUCUUUCCAAUUUCCAUGCUCUACCUCUCUCCUCUCUUUCGCCCUCUUUUUUCUCUGCGCGCUCCGCUCGUUCGCCUGCUCCGAUUCUCUGCAUUCUUAGCCAGCUUGCGCAACCGCCUUUGGUCUGUUGCUCGAGACGAUCAGUCUUCCUGUUGCCACGAGAGGAACUCUGUCAGUACUUAGAUAAGAGGGAGAGAGAGAGAGAGAGGCAGGGAUAGAGAGAGAGAAAGGUGCAGAGAAAGAGAGAGACAGACGGAGGAAGAGAGGAACUUGACUGUUGAAGAACUUUAAAUGUGUGACACCAAAAGUUGGAACCAAAACACAGAGACUUGAGUCUGCAAGAGAGCGAGUGAGCGAGAGCGAGAGAGAGAGAGAGGAACUUGCGGAUUGCAGAGGAAAACCGUAAACAACUUUUUUCUUCCGUCAGAAGACCAGAAAAAGAAGGACCUGCUCAGAAGCAAAGAACAGUAAGAAAAAAGCUGAAAAAAAGAAAGAGAAAGAGAAAGAGAAAGAGGGUGGGGGGGGAGGAGGCAUAUGCCUGAGGGUUCACAGUUGACUGUCCAAAAGUUGUGAACAGAAACACAGAAACAGACUGGUGUGCACGUGAGGCUCCGAGGAGAAAGGAGAAGCUACUGGUUGUGGGACGUCCCUGUGUGUACAGUACAUAUGUACGUAUGUGUGUGUGUUUGUGUGUGUGUGUAGGCAAAAACAGCCUGUAUAUACACACACACACACACACACAUGCACAGGACACACACAGACACAGACACAGACACCCAACCAGACACACCCCUGCCAGCCUUUACAAGAGCAACGAACCAGCAGAGCGCCAAGCCACGCGGGAGGUGCAGGGUCACGAUCACAGCGACGAUAAGAACUCGUCUGUCGCAGACGAGACGUCAAACAACCAGCGGCACACUCUACUGUAGCUGCAGCAUUGAGGGCCUGUUGACGUGGAUACCAGAGGUACCAGUGGGGAGAUGCGGACGGGGACCAGGGCGACCGCUUAAAGAGCCGCUGCAGUCUGGGACAGGGAAGACACAGGCGCUGUGAGGGUUUCAGACUCCCAGGGGAGAGAGGUGGGACUUUCACCAAAAACUGCUGGAGUGGGUGAGAAGUUCACGGGUGCGGAGGCGAUACAAGCGAAGUUGGCAGGAUACCACUUUACCACACACAGACUCUCUCGUUCUAUUUCUCUCUCUCUCACACACACACACACGUACGCACAGCCUGCUGGGCUGUGAUGGCACAGAAGAAACUGAUGUGGCAGAUAGGAGCGGACGAGGGCGAGCCUGACGAGCCCGUGUCCGGGGACUUUGCCCCGUCGUCGCCGGUCAGCUCCCCGCCGAUCUGCUCCCCGCCGAUCUCAGAACCAGGCCGCGGCAGCUGUGGCAAUUCCCUGUUCAGACGCUUGAGGCUUAACCGCAGCAUUCAGGAGCGUAGGCGCUCUCUCCACCGUGGUUUCAGUUUCGAUGGGGAGAAUGGGCCUUCUCCUGGCCGGAGUCCCAUGGAUUCGCAGGCGAGUCCGGGCCUGGUGCUCCACCCGUCCUUCCCGCAGAGCCAGCGGCGGGAGUCCUUCCUGUACCGCUCCGACUCGGACUACGACAUGUCGCCCAAGACCAUGUCCCGCAACUCCUCCAUCAACAGCGAGUGCCAUGCUGAGGACCUCAUAGUUACUCCUUUUGCUCAGGUGUUGGCCAGCCUCCGAACUGUAAGAAGCAACUUCACCAUCCUCGCCAAUGUCUCCUCCUCACCUACUACUACUAACAAGAGGUCACCAGUGACAAGCCAACCCACUGUUCCCAAGGCAACGCUCUCUGAUGAGACGUACCAGCAAAUGGCCCGAGAGACCCUGGAGGAGCUGGACUGGUGUCUGGACCAGCUGGAGACCAUCCAGACGCACCGCUCCGUCAGCGAGAUGGCCUCCAACAAGUUUAAGAGGAUGUUAAACAGGGAGCUCUCGCACCUGUCGGAGAUGAGUCGCUCUGGCAACCAGGUGUCUGAGUACAUCUCCACCACUUUCCUGGACAAACAGAAUGACGAUGAGAUCCCAUCGCCCACCUUGUCUGAGCGGGAGAAGCCCAUGUGCCGCAUCAGUGGUGUGAAGAAGCUCACGCACAGCUCCAGCCUGACCAGCUCCAGCCUGGCCAUCUCCACCAUGCCCCGCUUCGGAGUCAAGACGGAGCACGAGGAGUCACUGGCCAGGGAGCUGGAUGACUUGAACAAGUGGGGCCUUAAUAUCUUCCAAGUGGCGGAGUACUCCAACAACAGACCGCUCAGCUGCAUCAUGUACGCCAUUUUCCAGGAGCGGGAUUUGUUCAAGACGUUUCGGAUCCCCAUGGACACGUUUGUGACCUACGUGAUGACCCUGGAGGACCACUACCAUGCCAACGUGGCCUAUCACAACAGCCUGCACGCUGCCGACGUCACGCAGUCCACGCAUGUGCUGCUCUCCACCCCUGCCCUGGACGCCGUGUUCACUGACCUUGAAAUCCUGGCGGCGUUGUUCGCUGCUGCCAUCCAUGAUGUGGACCAUCCUGGUGUCUCCAACCAGUUCCUCAUUAAUACCAACUCAGAGCUGGCGCUGAUGUACAACGACGAGUCGGUCCUGGAGAACCAUCACCUGGCCGUGGGCUUCAAGCUCCUGCACGAGGAGAACUGCGACAUCUUCCAGAGUCUGAGCAAGAGGCAACGGCAGAGCCUCCGCAAGCUCGUUAUCGACAUGGUGUUGGCAACGGACAUGUCCAAACACAUGAGCUUGUUGGCCGACUUGAAGACGAUGGUGGAAACAAAGAAAGUGACGAGCUCUGGAGUGCUGUUGUUGGACCACUACACGGAUCGCAUCCAGGUGUUGAGGAACAUGGUGCACUGCGCUGACCUGAGCAACCCCACCAAGCCUCUGGCGGUGUACCGGCAGUGGACGGAGCGCAUCAUGGAGGAGUUCUUCAGGCAGGGGGACAAGGAGCGAGAGAGGGGCAUGGAGAUCAGCCCCAUGUGUGACAAACACACCGCCUCAGUGGAGAAGAGUCAGGUGGGCUUCAUCGACUACAUCGUGCACCCUCUGUGGGAGACGUGGGGUGACCUGGUGCACCCCGACGCCCAGGACAUGCUGGACACGCUGGAGGACAACCGGGACUGGUACCAGAGCACCAUCCCCCAGAGCCCCUCGCCGCCGCCCGACCACCCGCACCACCAGCUGGACGCCUGCGUGGACAAGUUCCAGUUCGAGCUGACGCUGGAGGACUCCAGCGAGGGCGGCGAUGGUGGAGGUGGUGGUGAGAUGGAGGCAGGCGAGAAGGAGGAGGCGGAGGAGCAGGGAGACAAGCCCAGCCAGAACCACGUGGACCGCAGGGAGGCCUGCUGCUACAGGGAGGAGGAUGAGGAGGAGGAAGGAGAAGAGAAAGGAGAGACGAAGGGCGCGGAGGAGGCGGAGGAGGAGGAGAAGAUGGAGGAGGGCGAGGAGGAGGAGGAAGAAGAGGAGGAGGAGGAGGAGCGCGUCGGCCAGCCCGGCCGGCGGCGGCUGCAGGUCCAGUCGGUGGUGGUGGAGGAGGACGAGGGGCACUCAGAGGGCAGCCCCGUGGAGCCGCCCGAGGAGAACGAGGCGGCCGAGGAGUCGUCCUCGCCCGCCGACGACACAUGAGUUACGCCCCAUCCCCAGCGCAACGCCACCGCCGCCGGGGAUUGUGGGAUUUCGGACAUCCCAUGGGAAUAUUCUUGUUCAGUACCCCACCCCUAAACCCCCACCCCCUCCCCCAUUCCUGAGGCACCUGCUGGCGAUGUGUGGCCAAGCCAGAGACUAGUGGGACUUACGUAACAACUCAAUAAGACAUUUCAAUGUCAUUUUUUUGAAAAAGGGAACACAAACAAUACAGAUUGAUGCGUAAAAAUAACACAGCCACUGUAGAACUGGAGGGGAAAGCUGGGAGUGUUGUCAAAUAUGGGUUUGAGAUUUAGAGUGGAGAGAGAGAGAGGAACUUAGGGAGCCGUUAGUUGUAGGGCUAUAGGAGACAGUGUAGCAAUCUCGCACAUACAUGCACACACACACACACACGCACAGUCAGACAAACAGACAGACAGACAGAGACACACACACACACACACACACACACACACACACCUAGUAUGAUAAAUAUCAAAUAUAUCACAUAUAUCAACAUGCAUAAGAAUAUAUGCACGCACAUAUAUGUAUGUGUGUGUGUAUGUGCUAUGAAGGGGAUUUAGACUGAAGGUGUAUCUUUCUGGAAUAAGCCAUCUCUAUAUGGAAUAACUAAAUGGUGAGUAUCAAGUCUGUGUUUGUCAACAUUUUACAGUAGAACUCUGUCCUCCUCAGAACUACCUAUGAUAAACGACCCUGAGGGACUUAUUUUUCCAUUUCUGUCGGAAAGAAUCCGUCAGGACGCUGGUUCCUGUGAGCGAGCUUGCAGGUCGCGCGAGGCGACGAGGACAGGAUGUUGUUGUUGUUGUUGUCGUCGUUGUCGUCAGGGGGGAAUCUCGGUCUCAGAGACUGGACUGCCGUUCCCUUCCUGUCUACCCUUUACCAGGAGUGCUACCGGAGCAAGAUGGCUGCGUGCCUUUCUGAACCAGCAGCUCCCCAAACCGGAGCUGUCACGAAGCAAUGCAUCGUGGGACAGGAGUGUCAGCUUUUGUCUUCAUUUUUUGAUUGUCACUUGCUUUAAAGGGAAAAAAAAUAAUAAUAAUACAAUAUUUACUGAUCUCAGAUUUUUGUUUCGUCAAACAUCGACAUUGGCAUUUUUUGAAUGUUGUAAGUCUUCCUUUUACUGCUUUUGUGUUCCUCAUCACCAUCAUUUGCAUCAAGGAGAAUUUUUUAAUUUAAUUUAAGUUUGUUGUGUGUGUGUGUGUGUGUAUCAUAUAUUAAAAAAAAUGAUAGUCACUUUCUGAGGAUAAGCCAUGUGAUGCUUUUGAACAUAUGUUUCGCCUAAAUUCUACUUACAAUACUGUAGUCCUGCCAAAUAAAUGCGGAAGCAACAGAGUAAUGUCAAGAGCAGCACAGUUUCGCACUCCGCCUCUCACCCGCAACCCACCCAUCACACACGCAGUGCUCGGUCUUGCCCAAACACUCUCAGUCAUGUCUUGCCAAACGGACUGGUUGGAAGCCAGAUCAAGCAGAGGAGCUUUCCAUAUGGUCAGCGAAAGACAACAAAAGAGAGAAAUAGAGAAAGAGAAGAGAGAGAGAGAGAGGGAGAGAGAGAAAGAGAGAGAGAGAGAGAGAGAGAGAGAGAGAGAGCUGACUGAGUGUAGAGACAAUUUGAAUAAGUUACGAGCGGAUAUAUAGGGAAGCCACUCACCACCAUUGUUCCGUUUGAUGCUUAUUUUGCCUUAAUGUCAAUAGCAGGAUUCCUGCCUGCCACUAUGUAGAUUUCUAAGAUACACUAUCCCAGUAUACUUACUGUAGGUCACGUCUGUAUGCCUCACUGUCUAUAAGUGUCUGUUUACAUUGUACUUUCAUUAGCAUAUGGAAGUGUUUGCAGAUGUGGUUGGAGUUCGAUCUCUCUGGUACAGUGACGUAGCUGAGGUAAAAUCUGCAUAAAUGGCCUGUGUUGAGUUGAAUAGUGUUGCCUAAAAAAAAAAAUCUCUUAAACUUGUGGACUGACAAUGGAAUUAGAAUAACUGUUGAUGUGCCAUUGGAUGUUUGAGGCCCAGGGUUCUAGCUGUUUUGUCUUGUGCGAGCAUUACCCAUUGAUGAAAACUGUGAGAAAGCACUUAAAGAAAUGGGCGAGAGAGGCACGUGUGCGUUGGGAGGUGUCUUACCUUCGUCGUGACUUUGAUGUCUCAGUGUGGACAAAAGCUUGCGCGUCUUCAAAGCAAUCCGAGACACAAAGAGUCCCACAUCACUUGGCAUGAGAAACGUGAGAUCUGACGUUUGAAAUGAGCGACAGAAGUAGAAGUGCCAGGAAGUGCCAUCAGUUUGAGGUGCUGUGCAAAUCAGAGGGUAUCAAUGGCAACUGUGCUGUUAUACAAGCGCUAGAGGUCACCAGAGGUCACUGCUUGUGUCAAUAAGGGACAUUGUCAUAUGCGUGUCAUACCUUAGAGACGUUUUCUUUGUCGUGUGGCUUUUCGUUCUUGUUGUGUGCUCUUUAAAGCAAAGAAAUAUGCUAUUUGCCAUUUUAACACGAUACUGUAGCAAUCAUUUCUUAAUAAGAAAUUAUUCAAUUAAUUAACUUGCUGCCAUUCUUUUUUGAAUAUAAACACACUAAAUACCACAAGUGUUUUCUUUGAACAGUUUGUGUACAGUUUUUAUUUUUGUAUGAUUCUGGUCGAUGGUUUUGAAAUUGAAUAAUUAUAACAACAUACAGUAUAAUAUAAAUAUUAGCAUUAUCACUGCUUGUUUUGUAUAUAUUGUAAUGUUGGAUUGUACAUUUGAAAUCUCCUGAGGAGCCAAUCAGCCUCAUUUUAGUUGUACUGAGAUGUAGUUCCAAAUUACAAAAUCAUCCUCCACAUCCUCUCUCUCUCUCUCUCUCUCUCUUUCUCUCUCUCUCUUACUCUACUGAAAUUCUUGCUAUCUUUAUUUAUGUACUGUAUAUUUGAAUAUUUGAAUUGUAUGAAUUGAGAUGGUCAAAUCAUUGUUUAAAUCUCAAAUCUUUCUGUAUGCGCACUUUAAUUUUUGAUUGGUUGUGCGGUAGAUUUUGUGGGGAAAGUUUGAUUGGGGUUUGUGUGAGUGCAUUCAUCCAUGCGUGCAUGUGUGUACAUGAGAGAGAGAGAGAGUGAGUGAGUGAGUGAGUGUGUGUGUGAGCGAGUGUGUAUGUGUGUAAGCAUCACUAUUGCACAAGGGAGGAAUUGAGCGAGCUAUAGGAGGAACCACAGAGCCUGGUUCCAAAUCUGUACAUUGCACCCUUACUCUGGGAGGAAUAGAUGACUACUUUGAUGAAUGCUGCGGCAGUGGGCAAGAAAUGUAUGAUGUGUGAUGUCUCCUGUGAGAUUGUGUUUCAAGACAGGCUAUAGUAUACGCAUAAAUAGGAGGGAUUCAAGCUUUGUUUUCCCCUGUUUUUUUUUUCUUUCUUGAGUUAAACUUUCUUUACACUAGACUCCUUUUUAGAACAAUUCUCUGGGCUUAAACCGAUGUGUUUCUUGUUCACACAUUAUGAAAAUAAUAAAAAUGGAAAACACCAUGAAAUGAUUGUAAUAUUUGUAAAAAAAAUAUUGCUGUAAUGUGUAAAUGUGUUCAAGUUAUUUUAUAUUAUAUUAUUUUUAUGAGAGGUUUUCUUUUGAGAGAACUGAGGUGUCAUUUUGUGAAUAAAAUGCAUUUAAUAAGCAAACAGCUAUAUAUAUAUAAAGUAUAUAUAUAAAGUGUGUGUAUAUAUAUACACACAUACACAUCAGUAUAUAUUUUUCUUUUAUUUCACUGUUCAGUACUGUAAAGUGUGUCAAACCUACAAAUAAAGGAGGAUUUUUUGAAUAAAAAGCAUGUUAUAUUGCC